AUGACGCGAGUGUAAGUGUUUAAAGGGUAUAAAAGGUGGAUAUUUUAUCUGUUGUUAAGUAGCGAAAAUGAAAAGUUGGGUGUGUGUUUUGGUUUUUAUCUCUUCGUAAGUUUUUCGCACUGUCUUCCAUUCUGUUUUAGUUUGUCGUUCGCCCGCAAAAUGUCCACCGUUACCCGAAAAAUCAUUAGCACCCCAAAUGCGCCUGGUGCUAUUGGUCCUUAUAGCCAGGCUGUGCAAGUAGAUAACACCAUUUACAUCAGUGGCUCUUUGGGAUUGAUUCCAGAAAAAGGCGCUUUGGUCGAAGGAGGCGUAAAACCAGAAACUCACCAAUCCAUCAAAAACAUUGAAGCUAUUCUGAAGGCCGCUGGAGGUUCUUUGAACAAUGGUAAGUAGGCAAGCGUUAUCUUAGAAAUCUGUUUAUUUUAUUCUUUUCUAUGGUUGUAUCUUUAUAAUAUUUUAGUUGUUUCCACGACCGUCCUCCUUGCUGACAUCAACGACUUUGCUGAAGUCAACGAGAUCUACAAGCAAUACUUCACGACGAACUACCCAGCUCGUGCCGCAUAUCAAGUCGCUGCUUUGCCUAAGGGCGGACGCGUUGAAAUCCAAUCAGUAGCCGUUUUGGGCGAUAUCAAGGACGUUUAA